AUGGCAUUGGCCUUUGUGUAUCACACAGUGGGAGAUCUCACUGUUGGAAAGCCUGACUUGGUUGAAUUUCAUGACACUGAGACACUUAAGUCAGCAAUUCAAGCAAUAGCAGAUUCACCUGGAGGCAGCAUACCAAUCUGGAAGAAGAGAUCAUUGUCGCUGUCAUCAUCAUCCUCAGAUGUUAAUGCCCAUGAAGACAAUGAACUGAGGCAACAAAGAUUUGUUGGCAUGCUCAGUUCUCUUGACAUUGCUGCUUUCUUGGCCAACACGGCAACUAAUAGUCAGGAUCAAUCUUUGGACAUGGACAGGAAGCUCAACUCCCCAGUUUCCGAGGCAGUUGUCCCAAACAACUCCCUACUAAAGAUUGUUGAUCCUUCAACAAGGCUCAUCGAUGCACUCGAAUUGAUGAAGCAAGGAGUAAAACGCCUGCUUGUUCACAAGUGCCUUGUAUGGAAAGGUUCGUGCAAGCAUUUCUCGGUUGUUUACUAUUCUAGAUGGCUCAAGAACAUUGAAUCUAGCAACAGCAAACAAACAAGCAUGAGUUUUCAAGCAUCCUCGACAUCAUCACCUUCAAGAGUUACCUCGAUUCCUAACAAGUUUUGUUGCCUCUCCAGAGAAGACGUGCUCCGAUUCAUCAUUGGUUGUCUUGGAGCUUUGGCACCUCUUCCUUUAACCUCCAUGGCUCACCUUGGUGCAAUCAAUUCCCAUUACAACACCGUUGAAUCCUUCAAACCGGCCAUUGAAGCAGCAAAAGCAACUCCAACGGACUCCAUUGCAGUUGCAGUGGUGGAACAAACACCGGAAGGCAAGAACAAGAUUAUAGGGGAAAUCUCUGCGCAUAAGUUGUGGAAAUGUGAUUACAUAGCUGCAUCUUGGGCUUUGGCGAAUCUGUCCGCAGGACAAUUCGUAAUGGGAGUUGAAGAUAACGAUAACGAUAGUGAUAUUGAAACUGAGUUGAGUGUGGAUACAAAAAGACCUAAAAGGUUCAGUAGCAGGAGCAUUAGAUUCUUGAGUAACCCUUCAGGCCCCGGCAUUUUCGGCCAAAGCAGGAGCAUGUACAGAGGAAGAAGUGCUCCUUUGACAUGUAAAGUGAAAAGCACAUUGGCUGCUGUCAUGGCUCAGAUGCUUUCACACAGAGCAACUCAUGUUUGGGUGACUGAGGAUGAGAGGGAUGAUGUUCUAGUUGGCAUUGUAGGAUACGCCGACAUUUUAGAUGCUGUGACAAAGCCUCCUACUGCAUUUAUCCGUGCAACUAAAUCCACUGAGAUAAUGUGA